AGGAAGCCAGCGCCAUCUACAGCGCAUAGGUACGGUUGAAUGGGAGGUAUGGGGUUCCGCUAUGGCUCUGCUUUUUUUAUUUUUUAAGAGACAGGUCAGCUUAACUGAUGUAUCACAAAAAAAAACCACACAAAACCCAAACCUGUUGCCGUCGAGUCUAUUCCGACUCAUGGCGACCCUAUAGGACAGAGUAGAACUGCCCCAUAGUUUCCAAGGAGCGCCUGGUGGAUUCGAACUUCUGACAUUUUGGUUAGCAGCAGUAGCACUUAACCACGGUGCCACUCGGGUUUCCACUGGUGUACAGCGAGGUCGUAUUCCCGCGCGGCCUCUUAGAGAGUUGCCUGUGGGGGAAGAAGAGGGAUGGAAAGAGCCGAUUGUAUGCAAUUACCAUGGUUUUGAGUUGAGAGACGCACCUGAAUUACCAUGGUUUUGAGUUAAGAAAGACCCGCCUGAGUUCAAACCCUGCGCUUCGGCUAGCUUUCUAGCUAAUACAAGCUAGUAAGGGUGCUCGGCGAUGUUUUGCAAUUUUGUAAUUUAGGAGUAAUGCCUACCUCCUAGGUUGUUGGGGGUUGAAUAAGACAAUGUAUACGAAACACUUAGGACCAAAUCAAAUCCGUGAUUCUGCCUCAGGUGUACGCUUGCCUUUUUCUUCUUAGCAUGUCUGAGAAAUACUUAAGUUUCAAGAGGUGAUGCUUCUCACGGGAACAUUAUAUGGUGUUAGAUGGGAUCAGUCCCUUUAUUCUGUCUUACAAAGUUCUGAUCAUAUUUUGCCCCCUUUUUUUGGCCAUCUCUAAGUACAGCUAAUUUCGAGCCUUUCUGGAGAGAUGCAAAAUCCCUUUCCUUAAAACAAAUGAGGUGAGAAAUACGUUGCUGUAAAAAUCUUCAAAAUAUUUAGCUUACGUCAAAAGAGUAGACCAGCUGGAAAGUAGUACUCUGAAGCCAGUGAUCAGCUAUUUCUAUUAAAAGCCUCUAUAACGGGCUGAUUGGGGAGGGAAAAACCCGUUGCCCUCGAGCAGAGGAAUGUAAAUCCUCUUUUUUCAUUCCUUAGACCUCACAAGUUACAAGUACGGAAAUUUUCGGUGUGUUUGGCAGUUAUCCCUUGGAAUAAUGUUUUUGGUUCAUUAAAAAUGUUUGAGAGACAGAUUGAAAUCAAUUAUAGAAUAUUAUUUUUGAAAUUUGUAGGCAGUUGAUAACUUCUUGCAUUAGGCUAUUUAAAUAUUUAUCUUGCUAGAUAUUAUAGGAGUGUUUCGAAUGUUGAUCUGGUGCUAAAAGAGUAAAAUGUUAUUGAUAUUCUUGAGGUCUGACUUAUUUUGGUGUAAAAACUGAAAACUAGAUAACAGUAAUAUAUGUUUUCCAUUGCUUUUUGCACCUCAGGUGAAUUUAAUUUGGUUUUAAUUUUUGACCUGCAAAAUAAUACAAAUUCACUAAAUAAAAUUUCAACAUUGCAGGAAUAGGAUAUAGCUCCCAUUAAUCUUUCAGAGAUAACCAUUGUUAUUCCAUUUUUUGUGUUUCUCUCUGCAUAUACUAAUUUCCCUCUCCUACCCCAAUUCCCCUUUUUUAUAUGAGAUAUUUUCCUAUCCUUACUGUUAUGCAGUUUGUCACUUAGAGCUCUUGGAUAUCUUUCUGUUGCACUAGAUUUGUGCCAUUUUUUAAACAGCUUGUGUAGUGUUAUAUUACAUAGCUAAGUCAGAAUCGACUUGACAGUAACUUUUUUAUAGUGUAUUGCAUAGAUAUAUCACAAUUUAUUAAUCGUUCUAUUAUUGGUGGCCAUUAGGGUUUCUUUUUUGUUACAGUAAAUAAUGUUAUAAUGGCCAUCUUUUUACCUAACAUCUCUGUAUUCUUGUCCUUAUGUUUCUUUCAGUACUCUCCAAUAAGUGGAAAUGCCAUGUUAAAGAAUAUGAACAUUAAAAUUGUGGUAGAUGGUGCCAAGUUACCCUCCAAUAAGCAUUCCAAAAGGUUUGGGCUACCUGACCAUUAUGGCACCAAGAAACCUCUUAUAUAUGAGAAGUAACUUUCUCCUUGGUUCAAGAUGUUGGAUGAUCCGAUUUUCAACAGAAAUCCUCUUCAAAUCCGUUUCGUUUAGGCUUUUUGGCGUGAAGCGUAAUAAUGCAGAUGGUGAGUCUUUGGAGAAGGAUGAGCUACUGAACAACUUACUUACUAUGGGAGUAGAUAUCGACAUGGCAAAGAAACGACAACCUGGAGUUUUUAAUAGGAUGGUUACUAAUGAGCAGGACCUGAAGAUGUUCCUUCUGUCCAAAGGGGCUAGCAAACAAGUGAUUGCUAGCAUCAUAUCAAGAUAUCCACGAGCCAUAACACGCACAUCUGAAAGCCUUUCAAAACGAUGGGAUCUGUGGAGGAAGAUUAUGGCAUCAGACCUUGAAAUUGUAAAUAUUUUGGAACGUUCUCCAGAAUCUUUUUUUCGGUCCAAUAACAACCUAAACUUAGAGAAUAAUAUAAAGUUCUUCUACUCAGUUGGAUUGACCCGUAAAUGCCUUUGUCGAUUGUUGACUAAUGCUCCACGUACCUUCUCCAAUAGUCUUGAUCUGAAUAAACAGAUGGUUGAAUUUUUACAAUCAGUCUGUUUGUCCUUGGGCCACAAAGAUCCUGCAGAUUUUGUCAGAAAGAUAAUUUUUAAAAAUCCUUUUAUUUUAAUUCGGAGCACCAAACGAGUGAAAACUAACAUUGAGUUUUUACAGUCAGCUUUCAGCUUGAACAGUGAGGAGCUGCUGGCUCUGAUAUGUGGCCCAGGAGCUGAAAUCCUAGACCUUUCCAAUGACUAUGCCAAAAGAAACUACACAAAUAUCAAAGAAAAGCUGUUUUCUCUUGGGUGUACUGAAGAAGAGGUACAGAAGUUUGUCUUCAGCUAUCCAGAUAUGAUCUACUUGGCAGAGAAAAAGUUUAAUGACAAAAUAGACUGCCUCAUACAAGAAAAAAUUAACAUUUCACAAAUAAUGGAAAGUCCUCGGGUUCUGGAUUCAAGCCUAAGUACUUUAAAAAGUAGAAUCAAAGAAUUGGUAAAUGCUGGCUAUAACUUGAGUACAUCCAAUAUCACUCCUCUGUCUUGGAGUCUAAAAAGAUAUAAAGCUAAAUUGAAAAAGUUAAAUGGAUAGAACAUUGGGAAUUUAAAGAAUCUUUUAAUGUAGUCAUUUCAUGUUGAAUUUGGGCCUUUCGUAAAGGAUAGGUACAUGGUCUGUGGCUAACGAUCUAAGAAUAUGGCUUUCAUGUGAAAAACCUGACUAUAGGCUCCUCCCUGUUAGACUGUAAUGCCCUAUACCUCACACCCAGAAGUAUGACCUAGUGGAGAUCUAGCGGAAAAUCUGUUGAUGGCAGAACCCUAGCCACAAGCUUUGAUAAUGGACAUUGUUACACAGCCUGGAAAAGCCUGGCACAAGCAAAGUAGGAUAGCCAGAUUGCAUUAUUAGGGAGAUUUUGAGAAGAGAUCAUAACAGAAGUCCAGUUGCCCAACAUUGGAGAGGAAGAGGAAGAGCUGUGACUCUUCAUUGGCCUCUAGGGAUCAUCUCUGAACGGACAGGUUCCUGGGUCUGAAUAGCCGUGGAGUGACUUUUGAGACUGGUAUUCUUAACUGGCCAAGAGUCCCUGGGCUGAGGCUGUUCGUUCACUCCUUAGUUUAUUCCCCAUUAACUUGGGAACUGGUACAAGACUGAGCUAUACAAUCAGUUUUGAGGACCUGAGGAAGGCACUCAUGGUGAAUGUCAUAACCAGGCCAUUUGUAUCUUGCUUAUUUUCAUGUUUUUGAUGCUCCCCAAGAUGGUGCUAUUGCCUCUUCACUGUUUCUUCUGGUCUUUCCAAGAUGACUGUUCUCUACCCCUUUGCUUUCACCCCCCCUGCCCGUCAAUUCACAGAGGUUGUUAGUGGAAUAAAAUGAAAAAACUAAAAUGCUUACAGACUUUUUUGUUAUGAUUUAAACCAUGUUCUUGCUAAACAGGGACUUUUAGCCUUUUGACUAAUUUCUGAGUAGAAUUAGGUAUAGUGAUAGAAGAUCUACUGAUGGAAUCUCAUUUUCUGUCUCAGUUUCACUAUUAAUAAGACAGGUAUUUGGAAGUUGUCCUUCCUUAAUAGCAAUCUUGAGUGAAUAUAUGUCUUAGGCUGGAUUCACUAGAGAAAACCAGUGAAGCACACAUAUAUAUAUAUUUUUGUAUAUAUAUGUAUAUAAUAUAUGUGUAUAUGAUAUUAUUAU